GGUGGGUGUGAGGGAGGUUAGGCUAGCCAGAGGUGGCUGGGGGCCUGCACAAAGCCUGACCUGGUGGAUCAGGACCUUGUUUAACCAGAAAAGGACAGCCAUGGCCUGAGACCCUGAACGUACUGUCCUGGAGCCCGGCUGAAGGGUUCCGGAGAUCCUAGGUCCACGCCUCCUGCUUUGUUGCCUGGGGCCAGGUCUCAGGCCACCCAGGGAGUGGCGGACCUGGCUCCCGUCCCUCCCCAGGCCCCUUGGCCUAUCCUACCAAUUUCUAGCUGUACUUGUUCCCGGGGCAGGGACUCUGGGUAGGCCGGGUAUGGAUAGGGCAGAGGGAUGGGUGCUGGCACUCACUGUCUUCCCACGGAUGCUCUCUUCACUCUGGGGCUCUGACAAGCCCAGUGCCUGGGGCUGGGGAAGGGCCUGGAAAACCUGCUGAGGCGGUUGAGCCGGAGAUCACCUGGAUGAGAGGAGACACAUAGUUCUCAUUCCAGGCCCACCUCCACGUCCACCCUGGGUUCUUGGGUUCUCCUUUCCCUGCCUCCUGCCUCCUCCCGAGGCCCUGUGAGGCGUGAGGCAGUGAGAUGGCAGACUCGUACACGGAGCUGGAGAAGGCCGUGGUCGUCCUGGUGGAAAACUUCUACAAAUACGUCUCCAAGCACAGCCUGGUCAAGAACAAGAUCAGCAAGAGCAGCUUCCGGAAGAUGCUUCAGAAAGAGCUCAACCAUAUGCUGACGGUGGACACGGGGAACCGAAAGGCUGCUGACAAGCUCAUCCAGAACCUGGAUGCCAACCACGACGGACGCAUCAGCUUUGACGAGUACUGGACCUUGAUAGGCGGCAUCACUAGUCCUAUCGCCAACCUGGUCCGCCAGCAGGAGCAGCAGAGCAGCAGCUAGAAGCCCCCCGCCAUCCCUGCCCCCGUGCCCCCCACGCUCCCUCCCUAGGCUCCUCUGCCCACCAGGCCCCGUCCUCUCUUCUCCCUCUAGACCCUCUUCGGACCUUAGCCGAACAGGGUAAGGGGAAACGUCAGGGCCCCUCUGUGAGUGUCUCAGCCGGGGGCGCCUCCCUGUGGGUCUCCGUCCUUGGAGCCAGCGGACCCUGGGGCCCCUCUGUGACAAUGCUGUGUGGGGACCCAUGAGUUUCCCUACCUGCUCAGUCCGUCUACCCUGCUGACUUCCAAUGUUCCUGCCUGAUUCCGGGCUUCUCCUGACCUCAGCUUGCUGCUUCAGGCCUCCGGGUUCCUGGCAGCACCAGCAAGGACUUCUCUCUUGCUCUCCCCUCAGCCCCUCUGCUGGGUAGGGGAGACUUCCAGGGAUGGUCCUCCAGCUGCCUCUGGGUCUGGGAACAGGGUUGAGCCCCCUUCCUCCUCUUGAGCCACUGAAAUGGGAAAAAGGCUGGAUCUAGAGUUUUCCUCCCCCUCACCCAGUCCCUUUGUCAUGUUUAUUAAAGCCUUUCUAUUCCUUGGAA